UCGGAGCCGCCGUAACCCCGGUGUGGCACGUUCCUUGCCGAGCUGAAGGUUGUAAAAUUGAGCUCAUUCCUUUUCCCCAAACUCAAGCAACCUCACCACAAUACCACAUUUAUUCAAACGUUUUUCCUCAAACAAUUAUUCAAAUACCCACCAGAUACCUCAGAAGAUGGCGGUGGUAAGCGGGAUGUCGGGGUCGGCUGUAGCCCGGCUGGAGGGCCGAGAAUUCGAGUAUUUGAUGAAGAAAAGGUCGGUGACCAUUGGCCGGAACUCGUCGCAGGGAUCCGUGGACGUCAGCAUGGGACACUCCAGCUUCAUUUCCAGGCGGCACCUUGAGAUUUUCACGGCGAGCGAAGAUGGUACAGGCACGGGGGAAUUCUACCUCCGAUGCCUUGGCAAAAAUGGGGUUUUUGUGGAUGGGGUGUUCCAGAGAAGAGGGGCUCCACCUCUGCAGCUUCCACGAAUGUGUUGCUUCCGGUUCCCCAGCACGAGUAUAAAAAUCACAUUCACUGCACUUUUAAGUGACAAAAAGGAGCAGAGGAACGUGGCCGAAUCGCCGGUCAAGUCGGUCCAACCUCAAAUUUCCCCGCUUACCAUCAACAUUCCGGACAAUAUUGCCCACCUUAUGAGCCCGCUGCCUUCACCCACAGGCACCUUAAGUGCUGCAAAUUCCUGCCCGUCAAGUCCAAGGGGGGCAGGACUGUCCAGCUAUAGGAGCGGCCGUGUCCUGGCCUCAGACCUAAUAGCAGACAACUCUCAGUCAGAAAAUGACAAGGAGGCAUCUGGUGAAGACAGCCCAAAGGAUGACUCCAAACCACCAUAUUCAUACGCACAACUGAUAGUCCAAGCUAUCACCAUGGCCCCUGAUAAACAACUGACACUGAAUGGAAUUUACACCCACAUCACAAAAAAUUACCCCUACUACAGAACAGCUGAUAAAGGCUGGCAGAACUCCAUCCGCCACAACCUGUCCCUCAACCGGUACUUCAUCAAAGUAGCACGUUCUCAAGAGGAGCCCGGGAAAGGAUCCUUCUGGAGAAUUGACCCUUCUUCCGAAGGCAAACUUAUAGAACAAGCCUUCAGGAAACGUAGGCCUAGGGGAGUGCCUUGCUUCAGGACCCCCGUCGGACCCCUCUCUUCCAGGAGCGCCCCCGCUUCUCCCAAUCACACUGGAGCGCUGUCGGCUCACUCCAGUGGCGUGCAGACCCCAGAUAGCCUCUCCAGGGAAGGGUCCCCCGUCCCCAUGGAACCAGAGCCGACCCCACCGCCAGCCCCCACGCCAACUGCCACCGUCCAGCCUAAGCUUGCUGUCAUCCAAGAGGCUCGCUUUGCUCAGAACUCCACUGGUUCUCCGCUCACGAACCAGCCCGUAUUGAUUGCCGUGCAACGCCAGAUGCCUCAGACGACCAUGAAGCCUGUGACCUAUGCCGUGGCCGCGCCGGGCAUGGUGACGACGACUGUUAGCCCCGCGCCCGUCAUGCAAACGGUGCACGUUGUCCACCAGAUCCCCACCGUCACCAUGACGAGUGUCGGCGCGCAGCCCGCCGCUACGCUGAAGCCGAACCCUCAGGAGAACGGAGGGGGAGAGCACCAAGAGAUCAAAGUCAAAGUGGAGGCGGUCCCAUCCAUCACAGCCUCGUCUAUAGGCGGAGUCAGUCGCAUCAUCCAGACCUCUCAAGCCGCUCCCCUGACCACAGUAACCAUCAUGCAACAGGCUCCGCUGGGUCAACACCAGCUCCCCAUAAAGACCAUCACACAAAAUGGCACUCACCUGGUCCCCAUCACUUCUGCUGCCACAGCUGUUGCAAACCCUCUCCACCUUCUGGCCACCCACGCUUCGGCUUCCGCCUCCCUGCCCACCAAAAGGCAGAACGGCGAGGAGGCGCCCGCCUGCAAGAGGGCGAAGACGCAAGAUGGCGACGAGGGAGAGGCCAUGACCGCAAACGGCAAUAACAACAACAAUGGCGCCGGAGAAGCGGAGGUGAGCCAAGCAGUGGGCAACCAGUAGCCCCGCCCCACCCUCGUUCUUCUUCAUAUGCAUCCUGAGCCCCGCCGUUGUCCACGUUGAGCCUCACGCCUUCCACACUCUGACCUCUUUAGCGGUCAUCAUCUAUGGCAAGGUGCCAAAACCAGAAGCGAUUACUAAAAGUGAAUGUUCCAAUCCCCCCCCUCCCCUUCCUCUCCCACAUGGAAUUAAAAUCCCAGCAUUGGCAGCUUAUGAGCGGCAACUCCCUCUUGAAGCACAGGGAAGGAGAAUCCAAAAUUCCAGCUGACUUUUGGGGACCGAAACAUGCCAACGGCCUCAGCCACUAAAGUGCGUGGCGCGAUCCAACAUGCAGCCAAGGGAAGCGCGUGUGUGUGUGUGUGUGUGUGUGUGUGUGUGGACAUUCCCAUCUUCGGCAGCUAGCCUCCCUAGACCCACUUGUGAGUAGAUCUAUAUGCAGUAUUCCAUUGUGCAAAUGUGUCUUGGGAUCUCUUGGUUUCUCCGAGGACCAGUGAUGAAUUAAGAUAGAAAAACUAAACCUUGAUGAACGUUUCAAAUAUCACCUGAUAUUUUCAUUUUUCUUUUGUUUUUGUAUGUGAACUUUGUUCAGUGAAAUGAAUGUAGUCUUUUUUUUUUUAAAGAAAACACUAUCUAAUAGAAUGAAUUCUCGUCUGCUCAUUCUUGCAAAUGACGUUUUGUUUUUCCGCCACUGUACAUGGACAGACUUUUUUCAUAUUUUACAAAUAUCCAAUGAGAUGAUUAUAAAAAAAAAAGUAUAAUUCCCAUGCGUAUUUGACCAUGUGCUUCAUUGAGCUUGCAUGUUAACAGAUCUAGAGAUAUAAUGUGCUGAUUAUCUGAAUAUGGAACUGAAGAACGUUUAGACUGAAUCUAUCAUGCUUCUUGAUUCUGCCCAGUGCUGCACUUACCCCUCUUUUUAGUUGUGUAUUUUUUUUUUCUAUUCUAUUUUUUUAUCAAUUGCGCUCCGUGUUUACCUUUUUUGUGUUGAGGUUGUGGCAGUCUCUUUAUCAAUGCUAUUCUUCUGUUAACUAAAUGUGUCAAAUCAUAUUGUAUCCUCUGUUACACAAGGAAAGACAAGUGAUAAAUGUUUGUUUUGCUUCA